AUGCCAUCCGCAAAGACUGUUCUGGUGACAGGCGCCAACGGCGUCAUCGGCCAAGGCGUAUGUCGGGCAUUUUCUCAGGCAGGCUGGACGACGUACGGCCUCAUUCGGAGUGCACGAAGCGCUCAGGACUUGGUCCGUGAAGAAAUCAUUCCCAUCGUGGGAUCUGCUACCAACUACUCGUCGUUUCUUGAUUCGCUGCCCCCGAUUGAUGUCCUCGUGUCUUGUUCUGAAGACAUCAAGAACUACAAAGCUCAUUUUGACGAUGUGCUGGCGAUGUUUUUGGGGAUCAGCUCCGCCUCUCUUCGCCAGGGUGGCUCGAAGCCGCUGGUCAUAUUCAGCAGCGGGUGCAAGGACUACGGCACAACUGCACGGCACGGCGACCCAAAUCUUGCGCCGCACACCGAGGACAGUCCCCUCAACCCUCCGGCGCUAUUGGCGAAUCGCACACAGUGCGCGAUGAGUAUGUUCAGUCACACCGAAGCAUUCGAUGCCGUGAUUACGAGGCCCACCACCAUCUUCGGGCGUUGGGGGAGCUGGUAUGCUGUAUUUUUCAUGUUGGCCGAAGCUGCCAAAGCUGCAGGUCACAACAGCUUUACGCUUUAUUCAACGCCCAACGCGAUUUUGCACGGGGCACACGUCGACGACGUGGGAAGGGCGUACCUCGCGAUCGCAGAAGCCCCGCGACAGGUGGUGGCAGGACAGGUCUAUAAUGUCUCUGCCCACUCUUAUGAGACGCUUGCCGAUAUAGCCACAGCAGUGGAAAAGAGCCACGGCGUAAAAGUCGUCUAUGCUGAUCCCGGACCAGACGACGACAAGGAAUUUGGCGUCAACUCGGUUUUCAAUUUUUCCCAGUGGGUCGACUCGACCAAGCUCAGAAGCCACACUGGUUGGCUGGACCGGAAGCCGCUGUUUCACGAGGCGUACGAUGUGUACAGAAGGGCGUGUGAACAGGCCAAGGCCGACAAGAGUGAUCAGUUUGUGAGGUACAAGGAAUACCUCUCUUUGCUGAAGGAUCCGAGGUAUAUUUUCGAUCUGGAGGGUUAG